AUGGCCUCAAAAGACAAAUCUUCCGACAACUCCAGGGUGAUUAAGACUGAGCCCUUGGACAACAAAGACGCAAAAUGGGCAACGCUUGUCAAAAUCACCUACACUGACCCCAAAGGUAUUGAGCGUACAUGGGAGUCUGGAGAGCGUCUCACUCGACCCAAGGGAUCUGACAUUGACGGCGUCGGCGUUGCAGCCAUUCUUCAAGACCCGGCGAAGCCCAAUGAUGAGCCUCGGAUCAUCCUCCAAAAGCAAUGGCGCCCACCCGUCAACGCGACCGUCAUAGAAGUUCCGGCUGGCUUGGUGGAUCCGAACGAGAGUCCAGAGACUUGCGCUAUCCGCGAGCUCAAGGAGGAAACAGGGUACAUUGGGGAACUCGUGCCGGAUAAGACCUUUCAGGCUACUCCAAUCAUGUUCAAUGAUCCAGGCUUCUGCAAUACCAACCUCAGGAUGAUCCAUGUUACAGUCGACAUGUCUCUCCCAGAGAACCAGAACCCACAGCCCGAGCUCGAAGAGAACGAGUUUAUAGAGACGUUUUCCGUUCCAUUGAAUGAUCUAUAUGAUGAGUGUAUCAAAUUCGCGGAGCAAGGGUACGUUAUCGACGCAAGAGUGGGUACAUUGGCGGAGGGGAUAGAAUUCGCAAAGCGAUGGAGGUUGGCAUGA